AUGCAUUACAGGCCACGUCCAUCUUUCAAAACAAAACACUGGCAGCGGCUCUACGAAUCCCGCAUCUCGGACAUUAAAGCCCUCAAGGAAUCCACGAACGGCGCUGCCUUUCUCAUCGUUGAUGCCGAGCCAUGGGGCAGAGACAACUCAGUGCCGGCCGAGAUUGGCCUUUCUCUUCUUCCGCCUUUCCAUGUGAAUCUUGAUUACGAAACUAUGGACACACUUCCCAAGACAUUAGAUGCGGUCAGUAACUUGAUAGGGUUAGAAACACAUUGGAUACGCCUGGUCGACAGAGAAAGGCGAGAGAGAGGCCGUGAACAACAUCGAUACGGGGCACAACACUAUGUCUCAGGUGACAAGGUAGAGGAGACAAUUACAGGCAUCAUAGAGUCAUUCCGACACAAGACAUCGUGCGAUGCGCCUCUUAUUCUAACGGGAUUUGCAGUCGCUUUUGAGCUGCAGGUGCUGUCAAAUAUCUACCCAGACCUGUUAAACUAUUUCACAUCCUGGGUUGAUCUCCAAGAAGUGGCAAGUGGUAUGACUGAUGGGAUUGAAAGACCUAGCCUGCGUGAAACUUUGAUUGCUUGUGGUUUUGAAGGUUAG